AUGAUAAUCUGCGCUUACAGGAGACGAGGAGCUCUCACCUUGAGGUGCCGAGAAGAAGCAGAGCUCACGGUCUUUUCGGAAGGAGAACAAGAGCCGAGGACGAGCCAAAGACAUGGUCAAGAAGAGCUCCGUGAAAUACGGACCGCGAAGCGUGGAGUUCCAGAGCUUCGAUACGCAGCGACAUCUCGCUACAGACUUCCCGGCAAUCUCAAGAGGAUUUCGGUGAUGAGAUCAGUUGAGAUUGUCUCUGAGUUUUCUCCUUUUGCAUUCGUUGAUGAGGUCAAAGCUCGAGAGAAGUACUGCCUCCACCGUGUUUUCAUGGCGCUUUGA